AUGGCGGCCAGACGCUUACUCGGGGCUACCCGGACCUGGGCCGGCUGGCGGCCUCGGGAGCUCCCGGCCCCCGCCGCUCCUGGAAGACUCCUCGUGCGGGAUUAUGCCAAGAAACCAGCCGUUAAGGGGGGCAAAGGCGGCAAAGGCGGGGGCAUGGUCAGUGAGGACCUGAAGGACCCAGAGGUGUGCACAGACCCUGUCCGGCUCACCACGCAUGCCAUGGGUGUUAACAUCUACAAGGAGGGCCAGGACGUGGCCCUGAAGCCGGAUGCCGAGUACCCCGAGUGGCUGUUCCAGGUGAAUGUGGGCCCCCCCAAGAAGCUGGAGGAGCUGGACCCUGAGACCUGGGAGCACUGGCGGCUGCUGCGGAAACACAACAUGUGGCGCCACAACCGGGUGAGCAAGAACAAAAAGUUUUAG